CAGUGCCAGCGUAGAAGAAGAAUAUGAACCGGAAGUGAUUGAGCGGCUCAUUGCUAAUAUAUGGCAACAUUGCUAUUAAUAUGAUUGUGCAAAUUAAAGAGUAAACGCUGUGAAAAAUGAGUUUGCCGGACAGAAAACACGGAACAAAACGAGCGGCGUCUCCGAGUGAAGAGGAGUCCACCCAGUGGGCCUCAGCUGACCUGGGAAGUGAUGAGAGGAGGCAGAAGUUUCUACGGCUGAUGGGAGCCUCCAAGAAAGAACACACUGGACGUUUGGUUAUUGGCGACCACAAGUCCACUUCACUAUUUCGCAGCGGCAACGAAGACAAGAAGAUGAACCAGCAGCUGGAGAUACAGUACCAGCAGGGGAUGGACGGCAAGCUGUCGGGACGCAACCGCAGACACUGUGGACUGGGAUUCAGCGAGCCCGAGUCGUCUGAGGUGCAGCCAGCAGACGGUCGGAACGAGGCAAAAGCGAAGCCAGAGAUGUCGGAGGUGCAGCCAGCAGACGGUCGGAACGAGGCAAAAGCGAAGCCAGAGAUGUCGCCAAAGCCCGAGACGUCCACCAGCAGCGAAGUCAGCGACUCGGAAGACGAGGUUUGUGAUUCGAAGCCAAAAGAAAGCGCAACAAAAAAGGACAAAAGCGUCCCAGAACGCAAAGAAACACCCAAAAUGUCCUUUGUGAAAUCAUCGUAGGGAAGAGGGAAAUGUUUACCUGACGUUAGUUGACAUCAUGUGCUCACCCGCGGGUCAAUUACAUCACUUUUUAGUCAUUUCCUUCGCCUGAAUUAUGACGGUGACAAUUUUUUUUAAUGGUAAACAACUUAAUAAAAAGUCCACACAAAAA